AUGGCGAUCGCUCGAAAUUCGGCUACCAAAAACGAUUCCCGGAAGAGAUCGCCAAAAAGCACUGAUGCCAAAAACAGUGCAGAAAAAAAGUCAAAAUCAACAAAAAAGACUGCUGGCAAAGAUCGCUCGAUUAACAAGUACCUUGAUGAGGAAUGGCAAAAGGAUCUGUUGCCCUUAAUAUUGGAAAAAUACCCUUCACCUCCAAAGGAUAUGGUCUCUUUUAAAGCAUUGAUAGAACUUUCAAGCUUUCAGGCCAUUUCGAAAACCAUCAUCGAGAGCCUUUUGCCAGACGAACUUAUGGAUCGGAUUCCCGGUUUGUUGUCGGAAAUAUUCGAGGCUCUUAUCGAUUAUAGAUGGAACAAGUUGUGGAAGCAUGGCUACAAUAUUUCAAGUUCCGAAUGCCGGAAAAGGCUUUCCAAUGAGCAGGUAUUUUCAGCUUUCAAAUGA